UCGGUCAGUGGGUAAGGGCGGGGAGAAGGCAAGGGAAAAGGCCGCUCUCGGGGGGGGCAGACAAAAUGGCGGCCGCGGAGCGGGAGGCGGAGGCGAAGGGGAGAGAAUGCCCGAAGGAGGAGGCGAGGCGCCGCUUGAGGGAGCUGGACGUGGCCGACAAGUUCUCCCGCUUGCCGCUACCCAAAGCCUCGGUGCUGCUGCCGCUGGUGGUGCGGGCCGGGCGGCUGUGCUUGCUGCUCACCCUGAGGGCCCCGCAGCUGAGAAGAUCACCAGGGGAAGUGUGUUUUCCAGGAGGUAAAAGUGAAGAAAACGAUAAAGAUGAAAUUGAUACUGCUCUCCGAGAAGCCAAGGAAGAAGUGGGACUCCCGCCAGAGAAGGUGGAAGUCAUCUGUAGGCUUGUGCCUGGAAUCGAUAAAAUGAAUUACUUGGUAACACCAGUUGUAGGAUUUAUAGAGGAUACAUUCCAGGCCACUCCUAAUCCAGAUGAAGAGGUGGGGAGUGGAGAGCAUCCCAAGUUGAGCAUCAUAAAGUCUGUGAUUCAGGCAUUUCUCAAGAUGUUACCUCUCAAGUAGGAAAACAAAGUAUGUCUCUCUACCUCAUCCUGGCUGAGUGCUCGGUGUAGCUGAAUACCACAUUAAAGGGCUGUUGCAUCUACUGUGCACCUAAUGUUUAUAAAGGAGAGUAUGACUGCUUAGUGUGAGAUCAAACUAAUGAAAAGGUGGAUUCUCAGGGGAGAUCAAUCUUUCAUGAGGCCUGGGGCUGCAGGAAAGAUGUACAAACUGAAAAGGGAAAAGAUCUAGCAAAUGCAUUGUUCUGAGAAUUUCCUAGUAGAGAAUGCUCUACUCUGCUUUGAAAUAGUUCACAGCCCGGGGCAAUUAAUUCUCCAUUGUAUUAUAAACAAAAUUUUAAGCACCUUGAAAAGCAGGGCCUUUAUUUUCCUGUGGACCAAGAGCCUUGCAGUUCAACACUGCAGUGUUAGAAUGCUUAAGUUCCCUUUCAGAUUUGCCUUUAUAGCAUGUAAUAAAGCACUUUUCAAGAGUUCUGUGUCCCAUUGUUCUGCCUAAUUGGUCUUGUAUUAUAGCUGAAAAUUAUUAAAACAGAUAUGUAUUUACUUCCAGUUUGAAUGUAGCGUUUAAAGGACUCCUUAUUUUGAAUUACUGAUUGCAAAUGCAUUUGUCUUGUUUAAGUAUGGUAUGUUAAUAUAGCUUCCAGUCUGAAAAGGUGUUUUAUAUGUAUAUAUUUACUCUCUGUGCUUAUUCUCAUAAGCGAAUAACUAAGGUCAUUGCUCAAUUGAAAAAAAAAAUGUUAAAAAUAUAUUCCAGAGCACACGUUCUAAUUAUGGAUAAGUAAUGCUAGCAUGACAGUAAAAUGAGUGCAAAGGCUUGUAUCAGAACAAGAAAAUUACUGAUAAAAAAAAAAUAAAAAUACGUAGAUACAGUUUAAUGAGUUGUUAGUCAUUCUUUUAGUUGACAUGCAGUGAUUCAGCAUUUAACAUUUCUAUAUAAGUUUGAGUACUCAAAUAAUCAGACUUUUGAUAUUUGACUUUUAUGUGAACAGUUAAGAUUUAUAUAUACUUGAUAUGUAAAUUGGUAUUUAACAAUUACAACCAUAAUGAAGAACUUCUAAUCUAAAUGACUUAAGGGAUAAAAUACAUAUAAUAGGUUACAUUAUUUCCGUGUGAAGAAAAACAAACAUUUGUUUGAGAUGCAGUUUAAUUAAAAUGCCUGUAAUUUA